AUGUGUCUAACAGAGGAAAUGAGAGAGUUAUUGGGCCAAUACAUCUCAGACACCCUCAGCUAUGUCCACACAGUGGAGGAAUUCUGUGACAGGCAUUCAAGGUGGAUCCUGCAGAGAAAAGUCGAACAAUCCAAGAUGAAGAACAUCAAGGAAAUGGCAGACAGAAUCGACCUUAAAUUCGGCCGAGUCUUGAAUGCAGAAGACAAGACCAAGGCAUUAGGAGAGUUCACAAAAGACUAUCUUACCCAGGUGACUGCAAACCGUAGGCUUAAGGAGCUGGAGAAGGAGCUGGAAGCUGUACUGAAGGACACUCUCAAGGGGCUGGAGGAGCUGGACUGCUUCAUGGACGCUGUGGAGAGGCUGGUGGUCACCUCUCUGUUUGUAUUUGCUGAUGAAAACCGGUUGUGUCCUCUGCCUCAGGGGAGGGAACCAGCAAGAGUCCAAGCUGUCAUCACCUCUGCUAGAAUGGCUUGUCCUCUCCUCAUCCACUUUAAGAGGGAUGCUUCGGCCUUCUUUUCCCCAUGCCUCCUCAAUGUGGAGGUGCUGUAUGUGUACUUGGAAAAUUACAUACACAUCACUGAACAGCUGUGUGACAUAAUGGGAUUGGGAAAAAUAAAAACAUUCAGCAGAGAGAAGAAUGACUACUUGAUGAUUGACACCAGCACUGAACUGAAUGAAACGUCCAUGCAGACCAUGUUUAACCAUUUGCGCCAUUUGAGUGAUAUCAGGAUGGACCAGCACCUCAGACUGACGUUCCUGUUCCAGGAGUCUGCCCUGCGUUUCAUUGGUCUGUUCAGUCAGCGCCACUCCAGAAUGCUGGACUUUCUAAAAGAGCUGGAAAAGAGAGCUGGCAAACUAGACAAGAUGAAGAAAGGGGGUUAUAUCUCCAGUGUGGUAGGCAGUGCAGUGGGGGCGACAGCAGGUGCUCUGACCAUUGCAGGCCUUUGUCUUGCCCCUGUUACUGCUGGGCUGUCACUGGGGCUCACCAUCGCAGGGAUUGGAAUGGGUGUGACCAGUGGGGUCAACAGUCUAACCACCGGUGUAACAAAGGUGGCAUUUAAAAGCUACCAAAACAAGAAAGCCAAUACAAUCUUUCAAUGUUUCAUGGGGGACAUGCAAAGACUCCAUGGUAGUCUGGAGAAGGUGGCCAGCAACAUUUGCCCUUUGGAGCCGAAGGUAGUGGCAUUAGUGGUUGGGAAGAAUAUAGGCAAAGGUGGUGCGAGUUUAGGAAAGAAGAUCAAUGCCAUAGUAAAAAAUACCUCUGCAAUAGAGGCCUUAAUGGGAAAGGGCGUGGUCAUGGGUGCAGGCAAGGUGGGACUCCAAGAGGGCAAAACAUUUGCUGCAGAUUUACCGGACAUUGCGAUGUUGGCCCAAGGCACUCCACUCGCCCUCUCUAGGACAUUAAGGCGAUGCGCCGUGGCCUCAAAUGCACUAUUCAUUGGCCUGGACAUCAUCACUAUCUGUAAAGACAGCGUCAGCCUCGCCAAAGGCAGCAAGAGCAAGAGAUCCCAGCUCAUCCGAGCCAGAGCAGCACUGUGGCGCACAGAGAUGGACUCAUGUCAGAGGAUCCACGACUCACUGUGCCGAGGCAUCUGGAGGUUCAGAAAGAGUCAGAGAAUCCUGGAGAAACCAUUUUACCUUGUGAAGGAGUUAGAAAGUCUAGAGCUGCUUGUGGAGAUGGGAACUAUUGGACAGCCUGAGGAUGAUAUAGAACAUCUGGGGCAGCCUAUGGAGGAGAUGAGACUCAUGGGGCAGCAUAUGGAGGAGAUGAGACUCCUGGGGCAGCCUAUGGAGGAGAUGAGACUCCUGGGGCAGCCUAUGGAGGAGAUGAGACUCCUGGGGCAGCCUAUGGAGGAGAUGAGACUCCUGGAGCAGCCUAUGGAGGAGAUGAGACUUCUGGGGCAGCCUAUGGAGGAGAUGAGACUCCUGGGGCAGCCUAUGGAGGAGAUGAGACUCCUGGGGCAGCCUAUGGAGGAGAUGAGACUCCUGGGGCAGCCUAUGGAGGAGAUGAGACUCCUGGGGCAGCCUAUGGAGGAGACGAGACUCCUGGGGCAGCCUAUGGAGGAGAUAGAAAAAGGUACAAAAUGAGUUAAAAUGAUUUGCCCUAAAACAUGUCACAUACUGUACACAGCAUAUGUUGAAUGAUAUUAGUUGUGUGCAUGUAUUAGCAAAAACACUCAAGCUCUACUAAGUCUUUGAAUUUCACCAAGCUAGCAAUGCCAUUGAUUAAUUUGCUGCGUAAUUGGUUAAUUAAUU